UAAAAUAAGACUCUGUUUGUUUGCUUGUAUUUGAUUUUCUGGAAAAUAUUUUCAUCAUUUUCCACCAUUUGUUUGAUGGAAAAUAAACUCCCAUUGUAAAAGUUUUUCCAAGACACGAGAAAAUAAGCCUUCUUUUGGGGAAAAUUUCUUACACUUUUUUUUUUCUAUAAGACAUUUUCCAAAACAUGGGAAAAUUUUUCUAAAAAGCAAUGCUAAGCAUAUAUAGCAAGAAAGAUUCUCUUUCUUUUAGUCUUUCAUUGAUGAAUGUUUUUUUUUUUGUUGAUUCACAAAGUGAAAACUGCAGAUAAAAACCAUAGCCGAUGGACAGCGGAAGAUGGAGGAGAGGGGCGGUGUCUCAUGGAAUGUUGCCGUUGUUGGCUCUUCAUGCCGUCAACGAAUAUUACCGGCUGCCGUGGAAGCCGCCGGUCACCACCGGUCUUUUCACCGCCAACACUCUGAUUUAUCUCAGGCCUUCAUUCCUAGAUUCUCUCCUCCCUUUUGUUGAUGAGGUUUGGUUCAAUCCUCAUAUUUUUCUCAAGUUUUUGGUUUUGCUGUUGCUGCACUUUGGUUGUUGGUUUUGUCUUAGCAAUUUUUGGUCUUUCUCUAUAAGAUGCCUUACACCCAGGUCACCAGCUAUUGUAGUAGCUUUCUUGAUGAAAUCUAAAGGUUGGAGGCUUCCACAAAGCUACCAGUGGGUGAAAGAACGGAGACCAUUUGUUGAUAUAAGUCAAGUCUAGACUGAGAUCAAAUACAACACAGUCAGGUCGGACAUCAACUGCAAGCUCUUCAGUGAAGUUGAAAUCACCAAAUAGGAAACACCAAACUAGUGGAGAUCCUGUAAGCACACAAGAAUCAGUUGCAAAUUAGAAGCAAGUGAAAAGCUUUGAUAUUUUGUUAGUUUGAUAUUGGAUAUUUGAUUUGGUUGGUAUUAGUACAGAGUUUGUGCUGGUAUAGCCACUGUUUUGUUAUUUUGAUAUUGGAUAUUGGAUAUUUUGGUGUUGGUUGAUAUUGCUAUAGGCACUUUGUUAUUGUUGGGUUCUUUUUGCUUGUGCAAAUGCUGGAUAGGUUGAUAAAGGCCUACAAUAUUUCCACUCAAUAAAAGACAUACAAGGAUUAAUCCA